AUCUGUGGAGAAACAUCUGCUCAGACCUACAGUCUCGCACACGCCGCUGAAUCAUGCAGAACACGUUCCGCGCCGUCACAAACUCUGCAGGAGUCCUCAUCUGGAGGAUCGAGAAGAUGGAUCUGGUUUUGAUCCCAGAAAAGUUUCAUGGACAGUUUUUUGAUGGAGACUGCUACCUGUUGCUCUCAACAUGCAAAUCUGGCAAAACGAUAUCUUAUGACAUCCAUUACUGGAUCGGCUCUGCAUCGUCAAUAGAUGAGCAGGGCGCCGCAGCGAUGUACGCCGUCCAGCUGGACGAGUUCCUGGGCUCCACACCGGUGCAGCACCGCGAGGUCCAGCAGCACGAGUCCAGCAUGUUCUGCGGAUACUUCAAACAGGGCAUCAUCUAUAAGUCAGGUGGAGUGGCUUCAGGGAUGAACCAUGUGGAGACCAACACUUAUAACAUCCAGAGACUGCUGCACGUGAAGGGACGCAGGAAAGUGACCGGCACAGAGGUGGAGGUGAGCUGGAAGAGCUUCGACACAGGCAGUGUGUUUCUGCUGGAUCUGGGAAAGACCAUUAUCCAGUGGAACGGGCCGGAAAGCAACACACAGGAGCGUCUGAAGGGCAUGAUGCUGGCCAAGGAUAUCCGGGACCGAGAGCGCGGCGGGCGGGCAGAGAUCGGGGUGAUUGAGGGCGAUGCGGAGGCCGCCGCUCCGCUGCUGAUGCAGGUGAUGCUGAGCAUUCUGGGAGAGCGACCCUCGACCCUACCCAGCGGCACGCCGGACGACGUCACUGACCGCGAGCAGAUGGCCAAACUCACCCUCUACCAUGUGUCAGAUGCCAACGGGACGAUGCAGAUCACCGAGAUCGCAACCAGUCCACUAACCCAGGACCUGCUGAAUCAUGACGACUGCUACAUCUUGGACCAGGGGGGCGUGUCCAUCUUCGUGUGGAAGGGAAAGAUGGCCAAUAAGGCGGAGAGACAAGCAGCGAUGACCCGAGCUCUGGAGUUCAUCAAGCUGAAGAAUUACCCGCUCAGCACCAAAGUGGAGUCCAUCUGUGACGGAGGAGAAUCAGCUCUGUUCAAGCAGCUCUUCAAGAACUGGACAGUCAAAGACCAGACGCAGGGCCUGGGCCGCACACACACUGUUGGAAAAAUCGCUGAUGUUCCUCAGGAGAAGUUUGAUGCCAGCCGGAUGCACAUGAUGCCGGAGGUGGCGGCGCAGGAGCGCAUGGUGGACGACGGCAGCGGGGAGAAACAGGUGUGGCGUAUCGAGAACCUGGAGCUGGCGGAGGUCAGCAAAGCUACACACGGGUUUUUCUAUGGAGGAGACUGCUAUCUGAUUCUCUACAGCUACGAGGUCAACGGCAGGAAAAACUACAUCCUCUACAUGUGGAGGGGCCGGCAUGCGUCUCAGGAUGAAGUGACGGCGUGUGCGUAUCAUGCGGUGACGGUGGAUCAGCAGUACGGAGGUCAGCCGGUGCAGGUGUCCGUCACCAUGGGGAAGGAGCCACGACACUUCACCUCCAUCUUCAAGGGCAAGAUGGUGAUCUAUGAGGGUGGGACGUCCCGUAAGGGCCCAGUGGAGCCAGAGCCGCCCGUCCGGCUGUUCCAGAUCUGCGGCUCGCACCCAUCCAGCACUCGCGCCGUGGAGGUUCCAGCGCUGGCGGCGUCGCUCAACUCCAACGACGUGUUCCUGCUGAAGAGCCAGAGCGGAGUUUACCUGUGGUACGGGAAAGGCUCCAGCGGGGACGAGCGUGCGAUGGCGAAGGAUCUGAGUGUGAUCAUGGGUCGCUCAGAGCAGGUGAUGGCGGAGGGUCAGGAGCCGGAGGAGUUCUGGCAGAGUCUGGGUGGACGAACGCCAUACGCCAGCGACCGACGUUUGCAGCAGGUGACUCUGGAGCACCAGCCGCGUCUCUUCGAGUGCUCCAAUAAGACGGGACGCUUCACAGCCACUGAGGUCACGCAGUUCACACAGGACGACCUGCGGGAGGACGACGUCAUGCUGCUGGACACCUGGGACCAGAUAUUCCUCUGGAUGGGGAAUGAGGCCAAUGAUGUGGAGCGGCGCGAGUGUGUGCCUACCUGUGCCGAGUACCUGCGGACACACCCCGGCUCCAGAGACCCCGACACCCCCAUUGUCAUCAUCAAGCAGGGCUUCGAGCCACCCACAUUCACCGGCUGGUUCACUGCCUGGGACCCUAGCAAGUGGAGUGGAGGAAAAACGUACGAGCAGCUGAAGCAGGAGCUGGGAGAUGUGACGCUGCCGAGCACCAUUCAAUACAUCUCCGAUGCUCCAGAGAAUAACAUCAUCUCUGAGUAUCCAGCGGCGCUGCUGGUGAACAAGAGCACUGAAGAUCUGCCCAAAGAUGUGGAUCCAGCACAGAGAGAGAAGCACCUCUCGGAGGCAGAUUUCCAGGCAGUGUUCGGGAUCUCUAAGGAGGCGUUCAGCUGUUUGCCGCAGUGGAAGCAGGCCCGGAUGAAGAAGCAGAAAGGCUUGUUCUGAAACUCAGAUAUAGGCAGAUGGAGAUGUUCAUCAUUUACUCUCACUAAUUCAAUGAGGAGUUUUUAACCUUUCAUCAUCAUUGUACAAGUGUGGAUGUGUUACACUGUACGUUUUUUGUGGGACUUUUUAAGGGAAAAAAUAAAAAAGUUUGUAUUUAG